CCUGCUGCAUGCUCGGUGCCGCCUCAGCCCCAGCCGGAGGUGGAAGAUGGCGGAGCCGGGGCCGGAUUGCAGCUCUCUGCUCGACGAGGAUCUUUCCUCCUUCGUCUUCAGUUACCUCGCUGACAGCCAGUAUGAGGUGUCUGGCGAGGAGCACCUCUACUCUGACUUCCCAGAGAUUGAUUUGUCUCAGCUGGAUGCCAAUGACUUCGACUCUGCAGGCUGCUUCAGCGAGCUGCAGUGGUGUGGGGAGCACUCAGAGACCAACUCCAGCCAGUACAGCACCGACGACUCCGAGCUCCUCCAGAUAAUAGACGGCGAGAACGAAGCGCUGCUGGCAGCCCUCACCGAGACAUUGGAUGAUAUACAGGGAGAUGACAUGAGCCUGGCUGCCUUCCGAACUAUGGAAGAGGGGGACACACUCAACCAUGCCUACACCUCGCCUGCCCCCUCCCCCAAACCCACCGUCCCGGUCACGGGCGGGCCACCCCCGGCCCCCGAGGUUGAUGAGCUGUCUCUACUGAAGAAGUUGCUCCUCUCUCCAUCACACGUGCCUCCGAGCUGUGAGGCUCAGCGGGACGGGAGCACCCGGCGCCCCGGGACCCCUAAGUCCCGACCCGCACGGCCCUGCACAAAGGUGGAGGGUCCCCGGGACAGAAGGGUGAGUGUCCCGCAGACGCAGAGCCGCAGCUGCACCGAGCUGCACCGGCACCUGACCUCCACCACUCCUUGCCCCCAGACCAAAGGCCCUGGGGCACCUGAGGAGUGCCCCAGCAGCCGCCACCACCAGUCCCCAGGUGACUGCACUCAUCAUGAGGAUGACAGUGACUCCAGUGAGGACUCGCUGAGUUCUGGUGACUCAGUGACCCCCUCCUCCUUGGCAGAUGAUGGCCCCAGGAGCCAGUUCUGUGAGGGGGAGAUGCACUCGAUGGUGGAACUCAUCCGCUACAUGCACACCUAUUGCCUGCCAGCGCGGAAGAUGCCUCUCCGUGACACCGCCGACGCCAAGGCCCAGCCUUGCAGCAGCCCCUUCAAGAGAGCAAAACCGGACUGCCCUGCAAAGCCAGGCACCCCUGUCAGCACCCAGAGCCGGCCAGGCUGCACCUGGCAAGUGUCUGGGGCCUGCAAGAAGCCUGGAGCAUCCUUUUCCAUCCUAAAGGAACUGCUGGCACGGGACCUGCUGUGCGAUGUGAGCAAGCCAUACCGCCUGGGCAAGCCUGUGUAUGCUGCCCUGACCCAGCCACCUGGCUCCCACUCCCCUGUGCCACUACCCCACGAUGGGGAGGAUGCCGCUGGGACCUGCACAUCCAGAGCCAAAACAGCAACAGAGAAGGGUGAGCCACGGCAGAGCGCCAGGCCCGAGGCAGAGGCACUGCGGGAGCCAAGUGGACUUGAGGAUGAUGCUGGGAAGUGUGUGGCUGUCCUGGGUGUAGCUGCAGGGAAGGUGGCCCGCAAGCAGGAGAGCACCAUUUAUGCUGUCCGUCGAUCCAAGAGACUCAACCCUGAGCUUGGCCACUGGCUUUCCUUCCUUGAAGAGCCAUCUUCUGACCCCUCCAGCCCCAGGGAGGCAGGGGAUAGCCACAGCCCCCAGAAUGCUCUGACUUACAGGCAACCCACACUGUGCCCAGCGCUGGAGGGCUUCUCCGCUCAAGAGCCUGCAGCUGAAGUGGAGGUGGGGGGCACAGCAGCACCAGCAGAGCUCCAGCCUCUCUCCAUGUGCUCCCCGGGGCAUGGUGAGGUGGGCGAUGGGACUGAGAGCCGGCGCUGUGCCCUCCUGGAGCAAGCAGAAACACCUCGGUGUCUCACGCUGUCCUUGGCACAAACUGACCCAACCUUUGGGAAGAGAAACUUUGAGCCAAUGCUGACUGUGGAGCUGUGUGGGACAGCAGGUCUCACGCCGCCCACCACUCCACCAUAUAAGCCUGCCGAGGAGGACCUAUACAAGCCAGACAUCCCCCAGGAGCCAGGGAAAGAGGAUGGGACAGCCCCCAGCCCCAGGGGUGCAGGGGAUCCAGCAGCUUCCUGGAAAGCCCCCAGGAAGCACCCCGAGAGGACAGAGCUCUUCGCCCACCUGAGCCGAGCGGCCGAGCGCCCCGCACUCCCCGAGCAGCAGGGUGUGCUCAAGCGGCCCUUCUCCCGCUCCUUUGGGGACCAUGACUACUGCCAGGUGCUGAAGCCCGAGGCCACACUGCAGAGGAAGGUGCUCAAAUCAUGGGAGCCCCCGGGCCAGGUGGAGUUGGACCACAAAAGGAGGAUCCCGGCUGCCCACUACCAGGGGCUGGACCUCAGCGGCAAGGAGGCAGGCGGCGAGAUGCUGUGGAAGAAUGGCAUCAAGCAGCUGAGAGACCAGGAGAUCAGAGCCAGCUUAACGAAGCACUUUGGCUUUCUGGACAGUGCUCUUGAUGAUGAGGACAUUGUCUUCUGCAAGACCCCCGAGUAUGACAAUGUCUUUGAAGACAGCUGCAGUGACAGUGGCUCCCUCGUGGAGGAGGAGGAGGAAGAAGAGGAGGAGGAGGAAGAACAUGGCGAUACCAAGCUGUGCCGGCGGAGAAACCUCCUUUCCAGGACCACUUCACAUUACUGUUCCCGGAGCAGGUCCAGCUCAGGGUCUUCGUGCUGCCGGUCCCGAUCGCCCGCGAGCAGACGCACCUUCAGGUGUGAGAAUGGUGAGCAGUGUCAGAGAGGGAGCAGGCACCGGGGCCAGCUGGAGAAGAGACGAGAGAAGGCCAUCGGGGAAGGCCGGGUGGUGUAUAUCAGAAACCUCUCCAGCAGCAUGAGCUCCAGUGAACUGAAGAAACGCUUUGAGGUCUUUGGUGAAAUUGUGGAGUGUCAGGUCCUGUCCAGGACUAACAGGGGAGAUAAAUACGGCUUCAUCACCUACCGGUAUUCAGAGCAUGCCGCCUUAUCUCUGAAGAACGGCACCUUGCUAAGGAAGAGGAACGAGCCUUCCUUCCAGCUCAGCUCUGGUGGCCUUGGGCACUUCUUCUGGACCAGAUACACUGACUUGGAUUGCAGCGCGGAGGAGUCCUCCUCGGCUCUGGUGAAAAGCAAGUACGAGACAAUGGAUUUCGACAGCUUGCUGCAGGAGGCCCAGCUAAGCCUGCAUCGGUAACAGCCUUAACCUUGGAGGAAUACCUCAAUACCUCAGUCAAGGCACUUCCAAUAUGUUUACGUUUUCAAAGAAAUGAUUCAGUCUGUGGAAAGCGAGAGCGGAGCGAGAGCACAGGCGCGAGAGAAAGCGAGAGACUGCUGUCCCUUCGAUCGAUGUUUACAUUGAACAAAGCUGCUUUUGUCUGUGAGUCCCCAUGGUGUUGAUGUCUCACUGCCACACGUUAGUGUCCCCCCCUCCCCCUGCUUCUGACUGGUUGUUUUAGGGUGAGCCUAGGAGCCACCCCGCCCCGGGCCCUUCUCCCAGCCCUGCCCAUGCUCCUGCCGUGGAGUUGCAGCUGUGUUCACCAUAACAUUUUUUCGUCUGUAGUGUGUGAUGAUGAAAUUGUUAAUUGUGAAUAGAAUCAGGAUUAUAAACUAAUUUUUAAUAGAAGAAGAGGGAAAAAAAAAAGUAUAUACUUAAAAAAAAAUGUAUUUAUGGCUCAGAUGUACUGUAAUUCAGAUUUAUUGUACCGCUUCCUUGAUUUUUAACUAUGCACUGUAAUGAGGCACUUGCCACUCAGCAAAUGGGGGGCCAGAGCAGAGUCACGGAGCAGCCAUCCACCCAUCGGCCGUGGAGGCACGCCCCCUUCCCACUGGCAAACCAGGGUGCUCGGCGGGCUGUCUGGGUCGCCCACUUUGCUCUCAAAGCCAUUCAUCUUGCUCGUGUGGCCCCAGCCCCCUCCAGCCUCCAGCCCACCUGGGUCGUGGCUCAAAUGCUGAGCUCGGUCCUGGUGCGCCAUGGAGCCAACGUGCUGUGGGGAACACCAGUGCUGUGCCAUUCUUGCCGUGGGGCUUUGCAGGAUUAAAGGAGAGGGGUGGUUGAAGGAUGCACUACCCAGGGAGUCAGCCAGCCAGUGCUGCUCUGGCCUUUGAAGCCAGAAGAGAAGGGCCAGGGGGCUGGAGCCGGUCAGGCUUGGUCCAGUGGGUCUUACUGGCAUGGUCUGGGGGACUGGCACCUCUGAGUCCAAGCAAGGGAGCUGGCUUCUCUAACUCCCUGGGUGGCUGGGACACCAGAGGGGCAGAGUGGAUUGCUUCUUACUUGCUUCCACUCCCUGCAAAGCAAGGAGGGCAAGAAGACCCAUCCAUGAUUCCCACCUGGCAGCCAGCCCAAAAUCCAGAGUGAUAGAGCCACACCAAACACCCGCCCUACCCAAUACCCUGCCCACGCCCUGCCCAGUACCUGAUAAGCCAUACAAUUCCCCAGCACCCAGUUGGCACCUAUGAUCCGUCCUUCAUGUCCAUCUGUGCCCUGUGGCAUGCUUGCCCACUCUGUCUCUGGCUGGGAGCCCUUGGAUUUAAGGCAUGCUCAAGCAGCACCACCAUGAAAUUGCUUGCAAACUUGCCCUCCGUCUCCAGGCAAGGUGAAGUGGGGACAGAGCCCAGCACCGGCUGGAGCAAACCCCAACAUGAGCCGGCCAGAGGCUCCAUCUUCCAGAGGGAGCAGGAAUCUCACUGCUUCUCAAGCCAUUGCCAUCAUCAUCUCCAUUUAUUUUUCUGACCCAGAGACCACUAUGGAUUCAGCCAUCCUAUGUAGAUAGAAUAUUAUAGCCUUAACUCUGCCAAUAGAUAGAUUAGAGUCUCCUGGGGUCUGCUCUUGGCAUGACAUAGGGGUUUGAUGCUCAUGUUCCUGGCGUGGGUACUGUUGCGUCUUGCAGGGAGUAUGACCAAAGCCUCCGAAGUUGCACGAGAUGUGAUGUCAAGAGCUUGUGCCCUGCCGAGGUGGUCCUGGCCGUGGGGCCGUGCAUGCAGCCGGUCUCUGGUGGGAGCAGGAGUGCCAGCAGCGCCGAUACCAGCACCGCUACCUGGCUCUCUCUCCCUGCUGCCGGGGGAGCCCCGGUUCUGACGCCCAGCUUGGCAGCGGGAGGUCCGCACGCGGCGGCGGCGUCACCUUCCACUGGUGACAGCUACUGUCAGGGAACAGUCCUUGUGCCAUUUCUGUCUCAGCAGUGAGUUUUGGCAUAACUCCCGCCACAAGCUCCCCCCACUUGCCAUCCCACCUUAGCGCACACGAGUAGCUCUGGCCGAGACGGAGCAUCUGCUAUUGGCAAUUGCCUCAUUGUAGCUUUGCCUUUUUCUGUCCUAGUAUUUCCUCACAACGAUGAUGUUUACAUGUGAUUGCUAUAGAGCUUAUGUAGAAUGUAUAUAGCGACACAUUUAGGGUGGGUAGUACUGUCCUGUGCUGUGCUGAUGUUUUUCAGAAAACGAUCAAUCCAAACUAACCAACAAAAAGAAGCAAAGUAAGUGGAAUUCUUCCAUCUCCUGCUCAGCCAGGGGCACCAAGCCCCUGCAGCCGGGCCCUGCUGGGGAUGCAUCAAGCGUGGCAGAGGGGAAGGGUUAGUACAGAGCUGGGGGCUCUGGAGCUGGGGGAGCCCUCUCCAGGGGGCAUCACUCGGUCACUUCCCAAACAUUGCUUUUGGUGUACCCAGAUACAAAAAUCUCACAUUGUUUUCCUGCAGCUGGGCGUCCCGGAUUGGCCCACAGCCCCUGCCCGCGCCCAGCUUCUGGCUAUGGAGAUCAGUGCCCGGGAAAAGGAGGGCUCACCCUGCACAGAGUCCAUCAGUACUGCACCCAUAGGGUAGGAAGAGAUGCAAUAAGUGGUCUUUGUGGUGCCUGAAGCCUAUAAGUGGGAUUGGGUUGGGGUUUUUUGCUUUGGGGAUUUUUUUUCCCCCCUCCAUUAAAUUGGGAUGAUUUGUUUCCCUCCCUUCCCCAGGAAAUUUCUCCAGGAUUUAUGCACUAUGCACAGAUGUGUGCAAGGCACAGCAGUGGCUGCCAGCCCAUCACUGCAGCAGAAAAAGCAGAGGUUACAUGCUGUCAGCCCUGGGGGCUUUGUGCUGCCAGCCCCAAGGGCUUCCCCUGACUUUUAAGAGUGGCUGAGAGUGGAGGGUGUUCAGCUCAAGAAGCACAGGUCUGUGGGGUUUAGAAUCCCUCACACAGGCUUUGUGGUGCAAAGUAAGUGUCUACUUUAUUGUUUGUGGGUUUUUUGGUUAAUAUAAGUGUCUCUUGAGCUCACCAUGCUCAAACCUGCAAAGGGGCAGGAAGGCUCAGGCACAAGAGGCAGGUGAGAUCUCACUUCUUAGCAGCCUGGGACUGUUUUGGAUGCCAACUGGGAAACAGGGCAGGAGCAAAACAAUGCCCAGGCACUGCACAGAGAAGCCAGAGGCACCAGCACUUUGCAGGACUGGCUGGGGAGCCAGGAGCAUCCCCCUCAAGGAUUAGCUUUACAUCCCACUCAGCUUGUGGCAUCAUGGCAGGUGCCCUGAUGUGGAUGCAGCUCAGAGCUGAGGACCCCAGAAAGGGAACCUUUGCACCCCAGCACCAUGACAGCCCUAGGAAGCUGCACCCCAUGAGAGCCAGGACUGCAGGGCAGGUGGGAGCACUACUUCAAGGAGAAGCUGGGAGCAAAGGGGUAGAUGAAGGUAGGCAUUUCAGUAACUAAGGAGGAGAUUUAUUUUUUAAAAAGUAUAUAACUAUAGAAUAUCUCCCAGUAGUUUCCUGUGGGUACUGUGGGGAAAUGCUGAAUGUGAAGAGUUUCACAAUAAAAUGCCCCUUGGCUUUUUUUGCACAGAUUAGCCCCAGAAAAGCUCACUGUUCAGGGUGGGGUGCUGGGUUUCUGUCUGGAGUCCAGCAGGUCACUGGGGCUCUGCAGGAAGGAACAAAUGUUUCUCUGAGUGUCUGGGCUGAAUGCAGAGGACAAUCCUGGGAUUUAUGUUCAAAGCUGCCCCAAAGAAAAAGUUUAUCCUGACUCCUACUCAGCGCAGCUGGUUGGGCUGCUCAUCUGCAGCGAUGUGGCAGCUUGGUCACCACGUUGGUCUUGAGUGUCUGAUUUCAGCACUGAUCCAUGCAAUGGAGUGGUGCAAUUGCAGACCAGCACUUUUUUUUUUUCCCUUUAUGCCCCCCUUUUCUUUCCUUU